AUGGAGGAAAAUCCUGUUGAGGAAGAUACAAAUGAAAUCAAUACGACGCUUCUUGAGCUUCAAGGCGCUUUCGCCGAGGCGCUGCGGAACGCCGGCGUGUUGGGGAAGUUGCGGGCACAACUCCGCGCCGCAGCCAUCAGCGUCAUUCGCGGCGAUCCGCAUCUUCGCACAGCUGCUGUAGGGAAAACGAUACUGCCAGGUGACCUCUUGCCGGAGGGCCGCGUGGCACUGUUGCUGAUUCAGGAUUUUGCACGCAUGCACGGGCUGCAGCAGACAUUGGGAGUCUUUGAGGAAGAGAGUAACCUAAGCCUUGUAGGUGAGUCGGAGAUGAACACGGCACGGCGGCUGCAGUGUUCGCAGAAGUCAUCUGCGUUGGAGCAGUUGAUUGCAGCCGCAAUGGCGCAUGCGUCACCGCGGAUGGAAGAGCAGCAGAUGACUAUGACGCCAGAGUCCAUGUUGCGGGCACCCACUAGGGUUGCUGCUACUUCUGGGGGCGAGGAAGAGAAGGGACACCUGGAAGCCAAACAGGAACAUGAAGAGGAACGGGGGCCAUGGGCAUUGCCGCAUCAUCCAGAGAUCGCUGCGGGGUUGAAGGAGUACGAAGACUCCGUGGACUAUAGCGUUGUGGACACCACUGAUCUGUCAUGCGCUGAUGAAAGCAUGUACGACAGCAUAGAUAAGUUUUAA